UGCUGCUUGCUAAUUGUUCCCGGGGCCUGAUUAGACGUAAUUAGCGGGCCCGAUCGCGCGUUCUGGGGCCCGGCAGACGUGUCCACGGCCCGGGGAGCGAUCCAGGGCAGGUCGAAGUCACCUCAGCUAGAUGAGUAACGGAGCUCGGCUCACCCACAGCCGGUACGUGGUUGGACACCAUCAUGGACGACGCGACCACCGCCAGCCAGCUUCCGCAGACCGCCCUGAGCCAGCCGCCCAAGCCGCCCCCCGAAACCGUCCACCUCGGCUCCUCCGCAGCACCAAGCACCAACGGGAUUGUCGAGAACGCCGUGUCCGGAAUUACCACCGGAAGUAGUCCGGGUGACCACCUACGGGACGGGGAUGUUGUGAGUAGUAGUGUGGGAGCCGCGGGAGGAUCGUCCAUGAGGGGGCUGAACGACCCGGUGACCUGCGGGGGCUGUGCCGCGACCUUCCAGGGUCUGCAGGCCUACAUGGAACAUCAGUGUCAAGGGUCAAAGCUGGCUGGCAGCAAGCCUGAGAGUGAUUUCAGCGAGGGUGACGACAGCGACGGCGAAAACUUCGAGGGCGAGAUCGUCUACGAACCGGACGGAUCCGCUUACAUCAUCGAGCACCCGAGCCCGCCGGAGACCCCCAACUCCAGCGCGAGCUCGCCCGUCGGAAGCAGCUCCGUGCCGCCGCUUGGGGGGAACCUGCCGGGGCUCGGAAUGUACCAACCCCUGCUGAACGCCUUCCACAUCCCCCAGACCAGCUACGGCUGGGGGUUUGGUGGCCCCGGAAUUCCCAACUCAACAUACGGUUCCCUGGGAAACAAGGCUUGCAACGACACGCCGAUCGUCCACAGCUACAGGGUCUACACCCUUCGCAAGGAAGGCGAAGUGAAUAGUACGGAACUUGAGUCCAAAGACGGGGAGGGAUCAAACUCAACAACCGAAGCCAAAGCAACUCUUAAGAAAAUUGUGCGCAAGGUCGCGGUCGGUCGGGAGCACGACAGUCUGAGUGUCUCGCCCCGCGACGCGGCGAACAAGCCCAUACUUAUGUGUUUUCUGUGUAAACUUUCGUUCGGAUUCACCAAAUCGUUUCGUUCCCACGCCACCGGCGAACACAAGAUGGCUCUAAACGAGGAGGAGGAACAGUUGUUGUCUAAGAAAGACACGUCCGCGAUUAUUCAAGGAGUGGGAAAGUCUAAAGGACCCCCUCUUCUGUCCUUCCUCGAGCCCAUGGGGCAACCCGAGAACUCGGAUUCCUGUCACGAUAACGCGAGCACGGGGUCCCCAACACCCACUAACAGUCAGCCUCUGUUCCUCUUUGGCGGUGCACUGCCGGGAGUUAGCCUCUCUAGUACCUCAAACAACCUAACCAAAGUCAGCUACGUGUACACCUCAAGCUUGCUCACACUGCCCUCGGUACACGCUAGCGUCGCUUCCUCUAGUUCUGCCUCGGGGGCAGCCAGUAAUAAUAACAAUGCCACUUCCGCUAUGGACUUGUCUUCUCUUGGUGCUAAGACGUUGUUCACGCCUGCCGUUGUUUCCUCUUCCUCCACCCCAUCUCCGAGUACCUCACAAGGACAAGGGUUGGGGGUCCCUGGGGGGCAGGCACCGAGCCUCAGCCCUGUCUCCCACACCCUCGCCCCGUCAGGAACUAAUAACAGUAGUAGUAACGCUAAUAAUAACAGUAGUAGUAGUAGUGGUAACACUAGCAGCACGUUUACCAAACCAGAUUCGCUCCUGAAGGCGGUGACUUCUGGGAAACAGGACAUGAUGACGGCCAUUGUGACGGCCGCUCUGAUGAACGGGAGCGCGGAAAACGAAAAAGUUUCCCAAAAGUCGCUGUCGGCGGAAAGCUCGGCUCCUAAUAACAGUUCCGCGUUCGCUCUCGAUCUAACCAAAGACAAAAUAGUUUCCUCUGAUAGUAUUGUUGUACCUCCUGGAGCUUUGCCUAGAAACCCCGAAAGUACGCAGAGUGGAAAGACUUCUUCUUCUUCCAGACUUAAUGCUCAGGGCGGGCAUACGGACGAGCGUGUGAAGAAUUCUGUGAGAAAAGAAGCAGUAAACGAGAACCAUUCGGGGCGGCGUACAGUCGCCGGCCCCUUUCCCGGACUCCUGGGUGGAGAGUCCUCGAGUAGCACGGAUUACGGCGACGAAUCGAGGACGCAUCCGCACCAGUGCGGUGCGGAAAAUGGCGUGGAGUGCCCGAAGUGCGACAUGGUCCUCGGGUCCACGCGCUCGCUGGGUGGCCACAUGACGAUGAUGCACUCCCGCAACUCGUGCAAGACACUGAAGUGUCCCAAGUGCAACUGGCACUAUAAAUACCAGCAGACUCUGGAGGCGCACAUGAAGGAGAAGCACCCGGAGACUGGGAACGCGUGCGUGUACUGCACUACGGGUCAGCCCCACCCGCGGCUCGCCCGCGGCGAGACUUACACCUGCGGGUACAAGCCGUUCCGCUGCGAUGUGUGCAACUACUCCACCACCACGAAGGGCAACCUCAGCAUCCACAUGCAGUCGGACAAGCACAUCAACAACGUGCAGGAGAUGCAGAACAAGGGGAAGCCCGACCGGAUGUUCGCGGCCCCGAACAACAUGGGCGACCCGCUCGCCCAGUCCAAGCCAAAGCCGAAGCCCACGUGGAGAUGCGACGUGUGCGACUACGAGACCAACGUGGCGCGGAACCUGCGCAUCCACAUGACCAGCGAGAAGCACAUGCACAACAUGAUGCUGCUGCACCAGAACGUCAAGCAGAUGCAGGAUUUCCAGGCGCGACUCGGAAUGCAGCCCUCGCCGGCCGACAACGCGCUGUACGGCUACUACCUGGCGCAGGCGCAGGCCCAAGCCCAGGUGCACAGUGCCGCGCCCCUCCCCUCUCAGCUCCACCCGAAUCUCGGGGAGUUCCAGUUCGACGCCAACCUGUUCCUCCAGCAGCAGCAGCUCAUGGCGGCGGGGGGAGGGGGGCAGGGCGGCGUGCCGGGAGGCGUUCCCAUGGAGAACGGUUCCGAAGAUGACUCGAGCCUUGACGGCCCCCCUCCCGCGGACGAGGAUCCAGCGUGCAACGAGAGCCUGAAGCUGUUCCAGUGCGCCGUGUGCAAUAAGUUCACCUCAGAUAACCUGGACCUUCUGGAGGCCCACAUCAGCAGCGACAGGCCCACACAGGACGAGGAAUGGGUCCUGCAGGUAGGGGACGUGUACCAGUGUCGGCUGUGUAACUACAGUACCCAGCUGAAGGCCAACUUCCAGCUCCACUGCAAAACUGACAAGCACACACAGAAACUACAGCUGGUCGCUCACAUCAAGGAGGGCGGCAAGCAGAACGAAUGGAGACUGAAGUACCUGAACGUGGGGAACCCUAUCCAGGUCAAGUGCAAUGCCUGCGACUACUACACCAACGGGGUCGACAAGCUGCGGGCCCACGUGUCCAAUCACAGGCACGAGACGAGUCUGAAGCUGUUCAAACAUCUGCAGAAUGCUGACAUCACCGUCAACUCUGACUCCAAGUUCUACCACUGUAGCAUGUGCAACUACUCCAGCAAGGCGAAGUUGAACCUGAUCCAGCAUGUUCGGUCCAUGAAACACCUGCGGAACGAGAACCUGCGGAAGCUACAGAAGGAGGAGAAGGGAGAGUCUGGCGCCGGGGACGAUCUGGCCGAGGUGUUCUCUAUACGGGACGGGGCAGACACAGAGCCAGCGACCGAGGGGAAAGACAGGGACCAUCCAGAAGCAAAAGACGAGCAGCGCCCCCACAAGGAUGGAGACGGUACUGCACCUGCUACAGACAAGCCCCACACCUGUGAAGGAGACCUGCUGAAGGCGUCGACGCCGGAUGUGCAGGGAACAGCGUUCACCCUGCCCUCCCCGUCCCCAGGCCAAGGGCAGCAGCUGCUGUACCCCUGUCCCUACUGUAACUACACCACAGCCGACCAGGCACACAUGAAGAUGCACAUCAUCUCACAGCACAGUGUCCAGCCGUUGGUGCGGUGCCCGCUGUGCCAGGACGCCUGUAACGACAAGUACCACCUGGAGCUGCACCUGACUCGGCUACACAACGUCACGCCCGACUGCCUCCAGCGCCUGCUCAUGAGCGUCAGCGAGGCAGACCUCAUCAUCCCCAUGCCGUCCUACCCGGCCACCAGUUCAUCCGGCGACGCGCCGCCCCCGACCAACGGGCGCCAGGCCAUGGACCGGGCAGUCAUGUCCGCGCUCGAGGAGGCCAACCGCGGGGAGGGCAAGUCGUCAGGGAAGGAGGGCGAACGGGACGACACGGCUGCAGCUGACAAGGGGAAGGACUCGGAUGACAGCAACGACGCCGACCUUCUCCAAUGUCACAGGUGCCAGCAGGUCUUCACCAGCUUCGAGAACCUGUGUCAGCACCAGAAGGAGGCGGGACAUGCGCCCGAGACGUCUGAAGACGGGCAGAGCUUCCUCUGCUGGAAGAAGGGCUGUAACCAGUACUUCAAGUCCUCGGCCGCGGUCCAGUCCCACUUCAGGGAGAUCCACGCCAAGCGGCAACAGGUGCCAGUGUCGGAGCGUCAUGUGUACAAGUACCGGUGUAACCAGUGCUCGCUGGCCUUCAAGACCAUGGAGAAGCUGCAGACCCACUCGCAGUACCACAUGAUCCGGGCGGCCACCAAGUGCUCGGUGUGCGACCGCAGCUUUCGCACCAUCUCAUCCCUGCACAAGCACAUGGAGACCAGCCACUUUGACUCUGAGGCCGCUAAGCAGAUCGGUGCUCGGGCAAACGGUGACAUGUCUUACUGGAACAUGUUCGGAGACGCCCUCCUGCCUCUGGGAGGAGAUGCCCAAGGUGCGUUCCACCUGUCCUCGGAGACGGCCACCUCUCCCAGCUCCCUGCUGACGAAGCAGGACGAGGAGUCUCAAGACUCGGAGCUGGGCGACAAGAAGCCGGGGCGCGCGGAGGUCGACUUCGGUCUCCUCUCCAAGGACGGCGCCGACAGCAAGAGCACGACGUCGGAAGACGACACGGCCGGCCUGGACCCGAGCAAGCCGCUCACCUGCGACCACUGCCACGUGACCUGCGCCUCUCAGGGCGAGCUGGCUGCGCACUACAAGUCCACAGAGCACAGGAAGAGCGGAGGGCCAAUGUACCCCAUGGACAAGUACCUGGACCCCAACCGCCCCUACAAGUGUGAUGUGUGCAAGGAGUCUUUCACGCAGAAGAACAUCCUCCUGGUUCACUACAACUCUGUCUCACACCUGCACAAGCUGAAGCGCACCAUGCAGGAGACAGGGGGCGCCGAUCAGAACAACGGAGACAAGAAACCCUUCAAAUGUAACAUCUGUAACGUUGCGUAUAGCCAAGGGUCGACGCUGGACAUCCACAUGCGCUCGGUGCUGCACCAGACGCGGGCGGCUCGCCUGGAGGCCAUGGCCGGCUCCGGGAAGGGCGGGGGGACCACCCCACCCCCACGCAGGGCUCCCCCCAGCCCCCCAGCGCAGAGCCCAGCACCAGCGAGCAGAAACUGUUGUAAACAACAACAGCAGGCGCUGGCGGAACAGGUGGCAGCCCAGGCGCAGCUGCAUCAGGUGCACAGCCUCUUCGGCAACUAUCCCAUGAUGCCGCUCAACAUGCCCUCCGUCUACACCUGCCAGAGGUGCAAUUCCAUGUUCGUCUCACAGGAGGCGCUAGUGCAACACCAGCAGAUGUACUGCUACCUGCCGGAGGUGAGCGCCGCGGCCUCGGCCAGCGCCGCUUCCGCCUCGGCCGCCCUGACGCCCCAGCCUCCGUUCUCCUCCAGUGGUCGGAUUCUAAACAGCCAGCGGCAGAUCCUGAGUGACCUCGGGCUGGAGAUGGUGAUGGCAUUCAACGAGAACCGGCGCGGGAUGCAGAACGUGCUCAACAAGGAGACGGAGGCCGACAAGAAGGUCGACCGCUUCUCCUGCCAGACCUGCAAGAAGAAGUUCUCCUCCAUCUUUAUUCUCAAGACCCACGAGGAGCAGAUCCACAAGCUGCAGCUGCCACUGUCCCACGUGGAGAAGCUGGCUAAGGACUACCGCGACGAGUACAACAAGAAGCACCAGCAGGAGAAGCCGGAGGAGCCGCCCGCCCCGCCGCCCCACACACCGGUCCCUGCGCCGCCCCCGCCCGGCCCUGUCACUCCGCUCGUACCCACGCUCAGCACAGACCCCCCGCUGCUGCCUCUGGAGCCCAUUCCCUCGCAGGUGCUGGAGGCCCCACCUCAGCUGUACCAGUGUGACAAGUGCAGCCUGAUGUUCCCGUCCCUGGACAUGUGGAGAGAGCACCAGAAAAUACACUUCCAGGGGAAGCGUCCUCGGACCCGCAUCACGGACGAGCAGCUGAAGAUCCUGCGGGCUCACUUCGACAUCAACAACUCGCCCAGCGAGGACCAGAUCCUGGAGAUGUCCGAGAAGUCCGGCCUGCCCACCAAGGUCAUCAAGCACUGGUUCCGCAACACGCUGUUCAAGGAGCGCCAGCGCAACAAGGACUCUCCUUACAACUUCAACAACCCGCCAUCCACGCCGCUUCCCGAAGACGCCAAGAACCUGACCACGGUGAAGUCGUCGCCCGCGACAACGCCCUCAUCUGCAGAGAAGGCGGUUGCCAUGACGCCGCCCGUAGUAAACACGCCCGUUGCCACGGUGACCACCACAUCAACGCAGGCGCAGAUCCAGGAGGAGCAGCGUAAGGCGGAGGCGGAACGCACGGCUCGGCGCGCGGGACGUACCCGCUUCACCGACUACCAGAUCAAAGUCCUGCAGGAGUUCUUCGAGCAGAACGCCUACCCGAAAGACGACGAUCUGGAACACCUCUCGAAGAUCCUGAACCUGAGCCCGCGCGUCAUCGUGGUCUGGUUCCAGAACGCCCGCCAAAAGGCGAGGAAGAGCUUCGAGAACCAGCCGACCAGCCCGCGCACGACCGACAGCGUCGACGAGAGCCGCUACCAGCGCACGCCCGGCCUGAACUACCAGUGCAAGAAGUGCCAGUCCGUCUUUCCCCGCUUCUUUGACCUGAUGAAGCACCAGAAGCAGGAGUGCUACGCCGGGGAGAGCAGCAGCGGCGCAGAGAGCACCAGCAGCACCGACAGCAAGACGCCGACCGACAUGAAGGAACGGCUGGAGGGGAAGGAUGCAAAGUCCGACAAGAAGGAGAUCAAAUUCCCAGCCGCCAUGCCACCGCCGCCGCCCCCUUCACAACACCUCAUGCACUACCAGUGCGACAAGUGCAACCUGGCCUUCCCAACGUUCGACCUGUGGCGGGAGCACCAGAAGGUCCACUUCCUGUCUCCGUACGCGCCGUUCUUCCCCUCCCCACUCAUGGAUAGCCCCUACAUGAUGUACAUGCCGUACGCGCUCGACCAGCUCGCAGCACACCAGAUGAUGGCGGCCGCCGGCGCAAGCCCGCUCCUACCGCAGUCCCUCGGCGAGACGACGUCCUCCUCAAAACGCAAACACUCAGAGAUGGAGGACGGGAAGGGGUUGUCCCAGGACGGCCAGCUGUCCCUGAGCUCCCCCGACCAGGACUCUCCCCGCGAGGGCAACAAGCGUCUGCGCACCACCAUCACGCCAGAGCAGCUGGAGAUACUGUACCAGAAGUACCAGAUCGACUGCAACCCGACCAGGAAGAUGCUGGACCUGAUCGCCCGGGAGGUGGGGCUGAAGAAGCGCGUGGUGCAGGUCUGGUUCCAGAACACGCGGGCCCGCGAACGUAAAGGCCAGUUCCGGGUCACCGGGCCCUCCCUCACCCACAAGCGCUGUCCGUUCUGCCGGGCCAUGUUCAAGGCCAAGACGGCCCUCGACGCCCACAUCAAGUCCCGCCACUGGGUCGAGCUCAUCAGCAGUAACAAGUCCGUCGAGGCCAUCAUCCAGAGCUCCGAGACCGUCACCGACGCCGAGCUCGCCAAGGCGGCCGCCAUGUCGCAUCACCCCGACGACACGCACCGCCCGUCCGAGCACCACCAGAGCAAGAAGCCCGACAACCAGCCCGACCCGCGGGACAACAGCUACCCCUCGGCUGAGAAGAUGCUCGCUCGGUUCGCGGCUAUAAAACAAGAGAAGGAAGAAGACAACAAAAGCGAGCAGCCGUCCACCUCGGCUCAGGAGCAGAACGGGGAAAGCUCGUUGCUGGGCAACCACGCCCAAUCAGAAGAGCCGCUAAAUAAGAUUAAGGAAGAGCUGCCGAGUCUCCUGAACGAGUCCACCGCAUCCUGCAGCAGUAUGGGGGAUGACACGCUCGGCUCUAUUACUAAGGAGCAGAUCUCGCCUUCCAUAGAGGGCAUGUCCCAACACGACGUGGCGGAGAGCAUCAACUCGGACGAAGAUGGCUCGCACAACUUCAGCUACACGCUCGACGAGGACAUGCACUCCGACGCGGGCAGCGCCGGGCGCAGCGAGGAGUCCUCGACCUGCGACCCCCAGUCGCCUAGCAACAAGCACCUGCCGGGCAAGCGCUACCGCACGCAGAUGUCCAACCUGCAGCUGAAGAUGCUCAAGUCCGCCUUCACCGAGUACAAGACGCCCACCAUGCAGGAGUGUGAGAUCCUGGGCAAUGAGAUCGGCCUGCCCAAACGCGUGGUGCAGGUCUGGUUCCAGAACGCCCGCGCCAAGGACAAGAAGUCAAAGCUGGCCCUGGGGAAGCACUACCCCCCCGGGCAGUUCGACAAGCCCAAGGAGGAGUGCAGCCUCUGUGGGGUGAAGUACUCCGCCAAGCUCUCGGUCCGCGACCACAUCUUCACCCAGCAACACAUCUCCAAGCUCAAGAACUACUUCUCGGAGCAGCUGGCCAAGGAGAAGGAGUACGUGGACCCCACGGCCAUGCAGCGCAUGUUCCAGCAGCAGGGCCUCGAGCGGCUGCGCCAGGCUAACGAGGCGCUGGCCGUGCACCAGCAGGCCGCCAUGAUGGGAGCCUCGCCCAUGAUGCAGAUGCCGGGCUCCGCCUUCCACACGCUGCACCCGCUCAGCCCCAUGGCGUUCAUGGGGCUGGGACAGCAGUCCGGCGCGAGCGAGACAGCCUCGCCCAAACUCAGCAGCCCCAGCGCCGCCGCCGCCGCCGAAAACCAAAGCAAGGAGAAGGAGGUGAAGGUGAAGGAGGAGAAAGUUGAAACGCCGGAGACCAGCCUGGCCCUGCCGGGGUUCGGGCAGAGCCCCAUCGGCGCGCACGACUCGCUGUCGGCCGGCAGCUCCGCCUUCCUGCCGUACUACAUGGGCACGCUGCCCCCGUACUACCUGCAGCAGCUGGCCAGCAUGCAGGGCGCGUACCUGCACCAGAUGGUACGGCGCCGGAGCCGCCGCGGCACAGAGCUUCUUCCCGUACGACAUCCCGGUGUCCCUGCAGGGCACGGCGCUGGGCGACAUCACCUCUCCCAUGCUCCAGCAGUACUCCGCACAGGCCCUGCAGGAACUCAUGACGUCUCCGCACGCCGCGCCCAAGGACCUGUCCUGCAAGACGCCGUCCUCGUCCGCCGAGAAGGAGGACGCCAAGAAGCAGGACGGCCACAGCAAGGCGGGGUCGGCGUCCGCCCUGGCCGGCACCCGUGCGUUACCAAGUGCCAUCGUUGCAAGUUCAUCUGUAAGAAGUGUCAGAUGGUGUUCCCCGACGAGGAGUCGGCCAUCGGCCACCAGCGGACCUUCUGCUACUUCGGCCGCACGUUCGAGAGCGAGGAGACCCUGGUGCGCGUGUACGAGGACGAGUACCGGUGCGCGGCGUGCUCCGAGCGCUUCGCGGGGGAGGAGCAGCUGGACGCCCACCUGCGCUCCCCCGCCCACAAGACCAACGCGGCCAAAUACACUCCGCCAACAGCACCGCCCGAAAAGAGCGACAAAGAAGGAAGAGAACGCAGCAGCAGCAUCGACAAUGGUACAGCAAAGUCUAGAGAGGCAAAAGGCGCCGCCGCCGCUGUCCCCCUAGCGGCGGCCGCCGGACAUGCAAACACUUCUAAUACUACUUCUACUAGCACACCAAAGCCAAGUACUUCUACUUUAGCCCACUCCGCCGCGGCGGAAGCAGCCGAGAAGAGCGGCCCGGAAGCGACGGACAGUAGGAAAACCACGGACGGUCCGUCCAUAGGACCGUCGCUAGGCGAGACCGAAAACGGAGGAGCGCCCGAGGAGAAGAGACCCCGGGUGGAAGGAAGCUGAGGACGAACGCAGCCCUAGGAAGAAAAAAAAGCAAAAGCCAAAUAUUUGAAGCUUUAAAAUUGGUGAGGAUGUCCGUCUUGUUGUUGUCGUUGUUGUGCUAAGCACACACCGUGACUUUAUUCUGGCUCACGAGAGAGAGAAAGAGAGGAAGCAGAUAUGUUCAGUGUAGUAGUGGUCUAUAUGUGUUUCUAUAGUGACUUCUUGUCGAGAGAAUGAAUAGUGUCCAAUGACACACUGUCGCGACAAGGUCUGGUACUGUAGUGCGUUUCUAUCUGCAGUUAUCGUGCAGAGGUCGUGUUCUUGAAAUCGUAGAUCUGAUUUACAAAAUCAUAACUAUAGAGGAUAUAGAUUUAGAUGUAAUAUGACAAGAACAGCUAAGCUGAAAUACCAAGUAAAUCAUCGAUCAAUUAUGACGACCCUUUUAGUUCCCUAAUCUUAGAGGAAUCAAAUCCCAUCAUGGCUUUGUUUCAGAAGUGCUCUAUUUUGAUAUGUAACAGGAUCAGUCUGGCAGACAAAAAUUCCAACCAAAUGUCGCAAAAAAAGAAGAGAGAAUUCGAAGAGAGAGCGAUCGUUGUGAAUAUUUGUUAUUUUUUGGGUGAGAUGUCAGAUUGCAAAGCAACCACACAUGCACGAGGUAGCCAAAAC